ACCUAACCCCCUCCUCACACCACCCCUCCCCUCCCACGUUAUCGAUUGGGAACCGCUCCCACGCCCCCGCCGGUGCCGCCGCCGCCCGCCCCUGCCGGUGCCGCGUCGCUCGCUCCCACGCCCCCGCCGCUCGCACGUCUGCGCCGCAAAGGAACGCCAAUCCGAACUCACCCACAGCCCCGCGAGCGACACGCAGAUCCCAGACGGAGAUCACGACCCGUUCGAUCCGCCCGCGACCUUUCCCCCCUCCAGCCCCGCGAGCGACACGCAGAUCCCAGACGGAGAUCACGACCCGUCGGCGGCUGUCUGCGCCGCAGCGUCGCUUCCCGAGUCCGGCGAUUCGGUCGCGCGGUUCCAAUCCCCCACUGGCGUCUCCCGAAUAGCCAAAAUUGUCGCGCCCCCGACGGCCGCGGGGAUGAACCGGAUCCAGUCCGUCUCGCUGCAGGGCGACGCGGCCGAGGCGGGCGCGGCGCCCGACCCCGCGGCGCUGGCGCGGUGGGCGCGGGCGUUCUGUAUCAUCCGCUUCGACCUGGAGCGCGGGCAGCUGGUCGAGGCCUGCUUCCCGCCGGACGCGCUCGCCCACGGCAGCCUCGACCGCCUCGUCGCCUUGUCUUUCUUUUCCAUGCCUCGACGUGAACCAGAUCCAGCCGUGGUUCUCGCCGUGGACCGAUAUGACAGCAAUGGGUGCAUGAGGCGCCUCACCGCGUACGUGGAAGCCGUCGAGCUGCUCUCUGCGGGCGCCGACACCGAGGGCGUCUUCCCCGGGUAUGUCCACACCUUCACCGCCACCGCCACCAUCCACCAAUUCACCGCUGAAGAUCUCGCAGGUGCUGCAAUGAUGCAACAGCUGAAAAGGGCGCUUAACAAUUACAGUUUCUCCGGCCGAACUGCUUAUAUACCACUUCCAUAGACCUUCGUGAUUGAGAGGUCACUGUCCAAUUAGUGCAGUAGUUGCUUCAGCAAUAGAAUAUCCUCGUAUUGAGUCAGUAUCGGACUAUGAGAUAAUUUACUCGAGUAAUGAUUAUGGACCACUGGAGUAAUGAUUAUGGAUCAUUUUAUGUAUUGUACAGUCGUUUGUGGAUUGGUGAUUUUGACCUUA